AUGACGAAGAGUCUGCACGAGGAGGGCUCUCAGGAAACUGUGAUGAGAGAAACGUCCCAGCAGGGGGCGAUGUUGUCGUUCAGAACGCUGGCACAUAACACCUGCUCCGAGUGUCACCACAGAUCCGUGUGUGAGGGCUGCCAGCGGCCCAUCUCCGACCGCUUCCUGAUGAGGGUCAACGACUCCUCAUGGCACGAAGAGUGUUUGCAGUGCACCGUGUGUCAACAGCCCCUCACCACCAGCUGUUACUUCAGAGAAAGGAAACUUUACUGCAAACACGACUACCAACAGUUGUUUGCCACCAAGUGCAGCGGCUGCAUGGAGAAGAUCGCCCCCACGGAGUUUGUGAUGCGGGCCCUGGAGUGCGUCUACCACCUGAACUGCUUCUGCUGCUGCGUGUGCGACCGCCAGCUCCGGAAGGGUGACGAGUUUGUCCUGAAGGAGGGUCAGCUGCUCUGCAAGAUCGACUACGAGAGGGAGAAAGACUUACUCAGCUCAGUCAGCCCGGAUGACUCAGACUCAGAGAAAAGUGACGAGGAGGAGCUAGACAUCAAGCCAGAGAAAGGAAUCGGGAGCCAGAGCAAAGGGGACGACGGGAAGGAUCCGAGGAGGCCCAAGAGACCGCGGACUAUCCUGACCACUCAGCAGAGACGGGCCUUCAAGGCCUCCUUUGAGGUCUCCUCCAAACCCUGUAGGAAGGUGAGGGAGACGUUGGCUGCAGAGACGGGACUCAGUGUUCGAGUGGUCCAGGUGUGGUUUCAGAACCAGAGAGCUAAGAUGAAGAAGUUGGCAAGAAGACAGCAGCAACAACAAGAGCAGCAGAAUUCCCAGCGGCUCGGCCAAGAGGUGAUGUCCAAUCGGAUGGAGGGGAUGAUGAACUCCUUUACACCGCUGGCUCCCCCUCAGCAGCAGCUGGUCACCAUGGAUCAGAACGGCUACAGCACAGACCCGUUCCAGCAGGGGCUCACCCCCCCACAGAUGCCUGGGGACCAUAUGAACCCAUAUGGUAACGACUCUGCGUUCCACGACAUAGACAGCGACACGUCUUUAACCAGCCUCAGCGACUGCUUUAUGGCGUCCUCAGAAGUCAACUCGAUGCAGGCCCGCGUGGGAAACCCCAUCGACCGCCUCUACUCAAUGCAGAACUCUUACUUUGCGUCAUGAAAAAGAACGGAACAAAUAUUGUCGGUGUAAAAAAAAAAAAAAAAAAAGCAGAGAGAAGAAAAAGCAAAACUGCCCAUCUCAACCCACAGCGCGAUGGCCUGGGGUUCCUACACUACUAUGGACAUGAAGAGACGACCCCUUCCAGCAGCUCCUGGUUACGCACGGAAGCUAACGAAAAGAUGGCUAAACCACUUUGAUGUAGGAGAGUGAAGAAUGGCGGGGACUUACACAGGACUUAAAUAUUCUUAGAUUAUUUGGUAGGAUUGCUUAUUCCUCACUCUUUUCUUUGUUCACUUAAAGAAAACAAGUAGAUACGGAAGCCACUGAUGAAAACCUGUCAAACCAAAUAAUACGCUGAGUUUAUACAGUGCAUGAUCAAUUGUAAACUAACUUUUUGUAAGCCCCUCUCUCCCUGGUUAAGAUGUGGUGUUUGGACUAUUUCUUCUUCACACUACAUGGACUUCCAUGUUCACCGUUAGCAUUUGAUCACUUGCCAUAGAUUUAGGUAUUGUGUUAAUAGUAUAUAGAUGCAGCAUGUCUGCAAGAGUGACUGUACAUUUGUGUGCGUAUGAGCGUUUGUGACGAGAAAGAAACGUGUAGAGGAGUUAAAAACUAAAAAACAAAAACAAAAAAAAUUUAAUGAAAUAAAGAGGCGGACGUUUAGGAUCAGUGAACUGUAAAUAGUUUCCCCGGACAAAUUGGAUGUGCAUGUUAGAAAUGGAAAGCAUUCUAUUUAUUUAACUAUAACAGGCUCUUGAAGGUACAUAUUAAACGUGAAAAGCUUUAUUUAAAAAGGACAGCUUUUUUUGGAGCAGUUAGUGAGUUCACGAGAAUCACAUCACAUCUGUAUGCCAUUUUUAAAUAUGAAGAUUAACCCUUUUGUUUUUUUUUCUCCCAGCCAAGCUGUAAAUGAGCAACAUAGCUAUUUAUUUCGUACAGACCUUUUUUUUGUGUCAUUGUCCGAUGUACAUUCUCAAAAUGUUCAAGUUGCUAAUUGACCAAAGUUGACUGGUUUGAUGAAUAAACAAUGUCUUUUUUUCCUGAUAACAUUAAAUAAAUGCCAUCUGUGACCAUUUA